AUGUCUACCAUGCCAGCAUCUCAUGGCCACUCCGAGGCCUGCUGUAACAUCCCACCCGUCCAGUCCAAGGGAUACAGCGCAAAGGGCAGCUACGAGGAAUUUGGUGGAUACAAGACCUACGUUACUGGACCCAAGGAUGCCGCCAAGGGCGUCUUGAUCAUCUUUGAUAUCUUUGGUUACUUCCCUCAGACGUUGCAAGGAGCCGAUAUCCUCAGCAGCUCUGACUCGAAGCAGAAGUACCAAGUCUUCAUGCCCGACUGGUUCAAGGGCCAACCUUGCCCGAUUGAGAUCUUCCCUCCGGACACUGACGACAAGAAGAAGCAGUUGGGAGCUUUCUUUGAAAAGUUCCCACCACCAUCAGUUGCUAAGCAGGUUCCCGAGUACAUCAAGGCCGUCCAGUCCAAGCACCCAGAAAUCAAGGAUUGGGCCAUUAUGGGCUUCUGCUGGGGCGGCAAGGUUGUUUCCCUCACAGUCUCAUCGCCUGACAACAUCUUCAAGGCUGGAGUCGAGUGCCACCCCGCCAUGGUGGAGCCCGAGGACGCCAAGAAGAUCAAGAUCCCUCUCUGCAUGCUUGCCUCCAAGGACGAACCCGUCGAGGAUGUGAAGAAGUUUGAGCAGAACUUGUCGGGGCCCAAGCAUGUUGAAAGUUUCAGCGACCAGAUUCACGGCUGGAUGGCUGCGCGCUCCGACUUGGAGGAUUCGCGCGUCAAGGAAGAGUAUACCCGAGGCUACAAAACUGUUGUUGAAUUCUUGGGCAAGCACUUGUAA